GUCGCUCCUUAUUGUGCUGCGGAUAUCCAACAGACAUCGCCCUUUUAAGAGCCGAGCGGUCCCCACCUUCACCCUCAUCGCCGCUUUAAGAGCGAAGCUCCUCCUCCCGUUCCCACGGCAACACCCGCGCAUGCGCGCUGCUAACCGCCUCCCAGCCGCGCAUGCGCAGAGCGGCGCCUGGAGGGCCCUGAGGCGCCUCGGCCGGGCCGCUCUCCCUCCCUAUUAAAAAACCAUUAAAAAAAAGCCUUAAAUUCGCUUUUUUUGCCCCAAAAUCGCUUCGCUUAAGCGCAAUGUCCGGCGUUGGAACCAAACGGGGCCCUUCGGAUGGAGGCGGAGCCCCACCGGAAAAAAGGCCGCCCCCCCCACCAACGACCCUCAUCGAACCGCUUCGGUUGGGCGGAAUUUCCUCUACGGAGGAGAUGGACCUGAAGGUGCUGCAGUUCAAGAACAAGAAGCUGGCCGAGCGGCUGGAGCAGCGUCAGGCCGUGGAGGACGAACUGAGGGAGAGGAUCGAGAAGCUGGAGAAGAGACAGGCCACGGACGAUGCCACCUUAAUGCUGGUCAACAGAUACUGGGGGCAGGUGGGACCCAUAGAGACACAUUGAGACACAUAGAGACCC